CCUUUGCAUUCUCCAACUUGCUAAGAGGUUUAUUUCCAUCUAUUUCGGCUCAUCCGACUUGAUACGCGUUUUACGGAUGGAGUCUUCCUAGAGCCCUUACUAGCAAGUAGCCAUCCCUUAUCCUCUCGACUUGUUAUGAGCAGAUUGCUUAGUCGUAGCAUAUCUGGUUAAGACCACUUCCUUUCAAAGGACAGAGUCAAGAUGUCUAUGAUAGACAAGCUCCAGAUCCUGGGCGUUCGUUCGUUUGAUAACAAGAAGGGAGAGAUCAUCAAAUUCUACAGCCCCCUAACGCUCAUUGUCGGUUUUAAUGGAUCUGGUAAAACGACAAUCAUCGAGUGUCUUCGAUAUGCUACCACUGGAGAGCUUCCACCAAACAGUACAAUGGGAGGUGCUUGGAUCCACGAUCCUAAACUAGCUGGUGAGAACGAAGUGCUUGCCCAAGUCAAGUUAUCUUUCAACAACGCAAACGGCAAUCGAAUGGUGAUCAACCGAAACCUACAGCUUACCGUCAAGAAGUCUACAAGAUCUCAAAAGGCGCUCGAUGCAUCCCUCUUGUUGAUUCAAAAUGGCGAGCGAACGACUGUAUCCACGCGUGUUGCCCAGCUAGACAACAUAAUGCCAGGUUAUCUUGGGGUAUCAAAAGCUGUUCUGGAGUCUGUGAUCUUCUGUCAUCAAGAUGAGAGCUUGUGGCCGAUGAGUACGCCUGCGAUCUUGAAGAAAAAAUUCGACGAGAUUUUUGAAGCUCAGAAGUAUACCAAGGCAGUGGAGAAUAUCAAACUGAUCAAAAGAAAUCAAGAAAUCGAAUUGCGAGUGCUCAAGGAACGAGAGGCAAGCGCUAAGAUCGACAGGGACCGAGGAAAAGCCAACGAGGACAAAUCACUGAAGUUGCAUAAAGAAAUUGAAGAACUUACGCAGCAGCACGAUGAACUGCAAGAGAAGUUAAAGGAAGCACACGCGAAAGCCGAGAUGGCAUUUGAUAGAGCUGCGCAAUUUGAGCGAAUUGUGGUUGAGCUCAAUGGGAAGCGCAUUGAGGCUCAAGCUGCCACGCGAACAAUCAAUAGCCUCAAACAAAAUAUGCGGGAAAUGUCGGACUCUGAUCAGGCAUUACGUAACAUGCUUGACCAGUAUGAAGAGCGCCUUCUUCAAAAUGAGCGUGAUAAGGCUGAGCUCACAAAUGUAUAUGGCAAUCUUGCUCAUGAACUUGAACAGAAACGUGAGGCUCUCGGAAAGAAGCAGUCAGAACUUGGUUUGUACCAAGGCCAGAAGCAGCGCUUUGAGGAACAAAUCUCCUAUCGCAGAGACCUUGUCAAAGACACAGCUAGGAGGCACAACAUCCGAGGCUUUGAUGUUGACAUCACUGAGGAGCAUAUUUGUGACUUCAUGGAAAAACUUGGCAGAAUGGCGCGGGAGCAGCAGAAUGCCUUUGAGAGGGCACGUAAAGAAACAUACGAGGAGACACAGCAAGCCCAGCAAGAACUUACAGCGCUAAAUAGUCGGAAAUCAGAACUUACACAGACGAAAUCCGGUGCGCAAUCUCUCAUUUCAAGAAAUGAUGAAAAAAUCCAUCGUUAUCAGAAUGAGCUUGACAUGAUUGAUGUAGACGAAGGGGGAAAAGCUGUACUCGAGUCAAAUAUCGUUGACCUCGAGAAUAAGCUUUCUCGAUCAAAAGAAGAGUUUGUCAAGGAAAACUUCGAUGCAAAAAUCCAGGUUGCCGAAACUGAGCUGCGUUCCUUCGAUUCUGAGAAGCAGAAAUUUGAUAACGAACUCCUGGAGGCAUUGCGCAACGCCAAAGAAUCGGCCCGGGUCGAUUUGCUACAUAAAGAUCUGAAAGAUCGUCGUCAAGGCUUAGAGACUGUGUGCGGCGCUCAUGGUGAUAGAAUCAGCCGCAUACUUGGAUCGUACUGGGAACCAUCCACUUUAGAACAAGUUUAUCAGAAUGUGGUCUCAGAGAAAACGACUUCUGUCAAAGAGGCUGAACAGAUGCGGGAGGGCAUUCUUCGUGAGAUUGAUCACGUCAAGUAUAAGCUGACGACUUGCAAAGAGAACCUAGCGCGCAAGGAGAAAGACUUUGUCUCUCACGAGCAUGCUAUCGUUGAAACUUUCGAGCAGGAGGGCUAUAGUCCGAUGGAUUUCCCCGAGUAUCUUGCCCAGCUUGAGGCGGAAUUGCAGCAAGCCACAGCAGAUCAAUCUUCGUUUGAGGCCAUGGAGAAAUACUAUCUGGAGUGCAAAGAGAUAUUUAACAAGACACACAAGUGUCGUCUCUGUAAACGCACAUUCGACGAUGAAAAGGCAGAGGGAAUAUUUCUGCAGCAUAUUGAAAAAUUCCUUGCAUUGGCAGCCAAAAAUGCUAAAGGCGAUUUCGUGAAGGAUGCGAAGGCAUCAUUGAGCAAGGCUGCGGAAGCUCGACCCCAUUAUGACGCUUGGGUAUGUCUUGAACAAGAGCUUCCAGCAUUAAAGCUGGAAGUCAAAACUAUUGAGAGUCAACUAGACGCACUUAAUAGGCAACUCGAGCAACAGGACCAGGCUGUACAGGUUCAAGAGGAAGCAAAGCGAGAUGUCGAGUCAUACGCAAGGACGAUUCAAAGCAUAACAAAAUAUCACAGUGAAGUUGUCAACAUUGAGGCUCAAAUUGCGCAGCUAGCUGCAUCUCAAAAUGAUCAAAAAAAUAUAGCACGUAGCCUUGAGAAGAUUCAAGAAGAUCAGAAAGCUGUUGCCGAUCAAAUACGAACCACGAGCCUCACGCUCCAGCAGCUUCGCAGUAACAAGGAUCGAAACCAAACCGAAAUCACAUCUCUCGAAUUUCAGAUUCGGGACGUUCGAUCCCAGCUUACGCAAACAGUACACCAGCUUAAAGAGAAGGCGAGCCUACAAAUUCAAAUUGAGGAUUUGAAGGCACAAAAUAACCAGCAACGCGAGAUUAUUCGUCGCGCUGACCAAGAAAUACAAUCGCUUCUACCACAGAUUGCAAAGAUUGAGAUUAAACUAGAGGAUAUUCGAGUCCGGGGAGAUGAACGGGACCGGGUACUUCAGAAAGAUGCAGCGAAGCUCGCAGACAGUCUCAACCAGCUAAAAGCAGCUGAACAGGAGAUUAAUACAUAUAUUGAUCGCGGUGGGCCUCAGCAACUUGCUCGAACGAAUCGUGAGCUCGCCAGCAUUCAGGGAGAGAUAAGUCGCAUAGAGAUGGAGCAGCGCAAUGUGACGGUGCAGAUCAAGAGACUGGAGAACGAACUCACAAACCACAGCGAAACCAAGCGUGCAAUACAUGACAAUAUAACCUACCGUGAGAGCGUUCGACAUUUACAAACUCUCGAGCAAGAAAUUACAGAACUCGAGUCUCAAAACGCCGAAGCGGACAAAGCGAAAUAUGAGGCCGAAGGCAAUAGAUGGCAGAUUCAACGUAACAAAUACAGCGCAGAACAAGCAACCGUUGUGGGCUCACUAAAAUCCAAAGAUGAUCAGUUGGCGCAGCUGAUUCAAGAAUGGGAGACCGACUACAAAGACGCUGCCGACAAUUAUCGACGCACUCAUAUCCAGACCGUUGUCACCCAAGCCGCCAUCAAUGACUUGGCACGAUAUGGUGGUGCCCUGGACAAAGCCAUUAUGCAGUAUCAUAGCUUGAAGAUGGAGGAAAUCAACCGCAUCAUCGACGAGCUGUGGCGCAACACCUACCAAGGUACUGACGUCGACACCAUCAUGAUCAAGUCGGAGUCCGAAACACAGAGACAGAACAAAUCGUACAACUACCGCGUUGUUAUGAUCAAGCAAGAUGCAGAAAUGGACAUGCGUGGACGGUGCAGCGCAGGUCAAAAGGUUCUCGCUAGCAUCAUAAUUCGCCUUGCUCUUGCCGAGUGCUUCGGUGUUCGCUGUGGCCUCAUUGCGCUCGACGAACCGACCACGAACCUCGACCGUGACAAUAUUCAGGCGCUCGCCAAGUCUUUGUCGGAGAUCAUCAAAGUCCGGCGUCAGCAGAGCAACUUUCAGUUGAUUGUCAUCACUCACGAUGAGGAGUUCUUGAAGGCGAUGAAUUGCGCUGACUACGCGGAUUAUUACUACCGCGUUUCUCGAGACGCAAAUCAGUGCUCGCAGAUAUUCAGACAGAGCAUUCAAAACGUCGUCGGCUCAUGAAUGGUAUGCUACGCUCAUGUAAAGAUACAGCAGAUUGGGAACGUGUAUGCAGUUAAUAUUAAGUAGACAAUGCGAUGAGAAUGUCUACUAAAAGAAAAAAAAUUUUUUUUUUCAUUCAUGAGGUCUUCCGGGCUUCUUGUAACAAACCUGGGAAAAGACUGAAAUCAAGGGAACAAAACAAAGCAGUGGGUUACAAGUUGGCAGAAAGAGCCACCAACAACACGUGUCAAAUAUCCGAUCUUCCAAUGCUACUUUGUAUUCUCGAAAUGAACUAUCAUCG